UGUAGUCAGUCGCCUGUGUGUGUGCACGUGCUGCGUCCGGUGCAGUAAUUUUGCGAACGAGAUCGAAACGAUGCGCUGAAGAUAUUAUCGGCAUGAGAUGGAAGCAGCUAUUCGUACAAUGCAGCAGGUCGGGCCAACCGGACAGCGGACCGAUUCUGGCCCUUCGCCACAGCCGCCACCGCCUGGAAUGUCGUAUCAGCAGCGCGUUCAAACUGCGACCGCUGCUCAAAUUCAUCGAACCGUUGAUACGACGCAGAGUUAUAGCAAAGGAGGUCCAUCGCCGUCGCAGUCGGUGCCUCGAUCAGCGGCAAGUCCAUUGUCUCCACCACGGCCUGGUCCGGGAGCUGCUGGUGCCGCAAACUAUCCAUCGUUCGGAGGUGCUCCGGCGAGGGAAGCACCGCUACGCUAUGUGCAAAACAACUCGUAUGUCCCUUCCUUCAUUAGGGAAGCAGGGCCCUUCACUAGGGUCCCGCAGGUACAGCAGGUCGUCACAGAGUACCGGCAAGUGGGACCUCCAUCAGUUAUCGGUGCGGCGAGCGUAGUGUCUAGUAGCAUAGUUCCCGCCCCAAUGAAUAUUGUCAACAACAUGGACGUGGUGCCACUGCACGGCCCUACGCACCAUAUGCAACAACAGCAGCAGCAGCAAGCUACCCCUAUUCCAUCGCAACCGUCGUCAGUUGCAUCUCAGCAGCUGGCGGGAGUUGCUGGUUCCAUACUUGCAGCUUCGGUGCCGCAGCAACAAUCAGCACCGCAACCACAGCUGGUAAUGCAGCAAAUUCCUCAACAAGUUCCGCAGCAGGCGAACACCAGGCCCCGUAUUUCGUUGCUACAUUCAAAUCCCGACUACCACCUGCAGACGGCCAGAUCUGUGGUGUCGACGGUAUCGAUGGCACCGGACAGCACGGGACCACCCGCAUUUAAGAAGAUACGGUUAAAUGAUGUGGUGGCUUCGCAACUACCACAAACGGUGGUUGGAUCGGUGCCACCGGCAUCGACGGUGGGUGGCACCAGCAACCCGACGACCCUCUUAAAGGUGGAUACACGCGAAUCACCGGUGUUGAUGGUGCCGUCGGGGGCCUAUCAUCCGCAGGUGGAGGCCAUCUCGCCUACUCUGCCCAGCGAUCCAAUGGAGGAGUUGCGGGCUACCAAGGACGAGUUGUUGCAGCAAAUCGCGAAGGUGGACAACGAGAUCGACAAGGCAGAGAAGAAGAUUGCGUCCUUGAAAAAGAAGCAGGAAUCGCUAGAAGAAGCCUCCGCCAAGCCGCCCACCGAAGAAAGCUCUUCCGAGGCACAGCCUAAACACCGUAACCUGGCGCAGAAGAUAUAUGCGGAAAAUCGCAAGCGCGCCUACGCCGCCCAUGCCGUCCUAAGUACGCUCUAUUCAUUCGAAGCCGAUCCUCUUCCGCUCUACAAUCAACCGUCAGAUGCGGAGGUGUGCCGGGAGGUGCAGGAGCGCCACCAGAUGUUCAAACAGCGAUUACUGGUGCACUUCCGGAAAAUUAAAACUGAGCGCGCGGCGAAGCAGUGCGAGAUAACCGAGCGUUAUGCGCAGUUAUCGCAGGAUUGGACCAAGCGCGUGGAUAAGAUGGAGGCGAGCGCGAAGCGUAAGGCGAAGGAGGCCAAGAAUCGUGAGUUCUUCGAGAAAGUAUUUCCGGAGCUUCGAAAGCAGCGGGAAGACAAGGAGCGAUUUAAUCGUGUAGGGUCUAGAAUUAAAUCCGAAGCUGACCUUGAAGAGAUCAUGGAUGGUCUUCAAGAACAGGCCAUGGAGGAUAAGAAAAUGCGAUCAUAUGCUGUGAUUCCACCUUUAAUGUUAGACUCCAGACAAAGAAGGCUAGUGUUUAAUAAUGAAAAUGGAGCGCUGAUAGACAUGGAAACGGAAUUUAAGGAGCGGUUAAGUUUGAAUGUGUGGACAUCGGGAGAAAAAGAAAUUUUUCGGGAAAAGUUUCUGCAGCACUCGAAAAAUUUUGGUACGAUCGCAGCCAGUUUAGACAGGAAAAGUGCGCAGGAUUGUGUGCGAUAUUACUACCUCAGUAAGAAGACGGAAAAUUACAAACAAUUGUUAAGAAAGUCCCGGCAGCGAACGAGAAGCUCUAGGAACCCUCAAAAAUCCAACCAGCAGCAGACACAAUCAAUUGUAGAUGCGAUGACUACUGGUGUUACGACAAGACUACAACGUGAACAACAACAAAAGACUGUAGGCCGCGAUCGUGCCGCGAAUUCAACAAAUAGUUCGAUAGGAAGUAAUGCAUCAUCCAAUGUUGUCAAUGUCACGACAAAUCCAUCAUCUAAUACCGUGUCCGCAAUCAGCAAUAGCAGCACUAGCGGCAGUAAUGUGAACCACAGCAGUAGUAAUAACAAUUGCACUAAUACUAGCGCGAUCAACGAUAUCAUCGGUGGCGGCGGCACGGUCAACAACAGCAAGAUUACUAACAGCAGUAAUGUAAACUCUUCGUCACUAUCGCCUAACAGUAAUAGUAUAACCGUGCCCGUUGCUGCGUCUACCGUCGUACCAUCAUCUUCAAGUGGUAUCAAUAAUAACAACGGCAAUAGCAGUAGCAGCACAAGUAGCAGCUGCAGCAGUCUCACCAGCAGUAGUGGCGGUGGAAAUGAAUCCAACACAAAUGUCAGUACUGGUACUGGUACUGGCGUUGUUACUGGAGGCAACGUAGAUGGUUCCGCCAAGGCAAUCGAAAGUGAAUUCAAAUCUUCUAUUGCUAAAGUACCGCACACGAUGGAAGCGAUAAAGGUGGCGGUUGCUCCGACUAGUAGUGUAGCAUCAGCUAGCGAAGGAGGAGGAGUAUGCAAUGAACAACGAGGUGGUGCAUCAUCACCAAACAAUUCGACCAUGAGCAUUAAGACUGCAGGCACGGCUGGUAUUACUUCAACAGUACUAUCUUCUGUGCCUGCCGCAACUCAGCAACCCUUGGUUGCAGGUUCGGUAAACACGACUUCUAUGGAAAAUAUAAUUGGUGUUUCUUACAUCAUACCCGGUGGUACUGCUCCAAUUGCAUUGCCAUCUGGCAUGCCGAUCAAUGGUGUAAAAACUGAUUUGCUAGCAUUGAACACCUCAGGUGGCAUCGUAGGAAGUCAGUCUUUGUCGUCAACAGUUGAGUUGACGCUUGGUUCAGUAGUAGCGAGUGUCGUAAACAGCAAGCUUGGCAAUGUGAAGGAAGAUUUGCAGCAUCUCAAGGAGGAAAUCAAUGCAACGGAUUCAAUACAUAACCGUAAAGAUGAGACUGGCAACGAAUCGGGAAGUGCUGAAAGUCAAGAAGAUAAAACUGGUGCUACAGGAGCGUUGCACACGUGUUUUAUAUGCAAAGCAGAACUAUGUUCACGCACUAGGCCCUUGGAACGCAGCCGUGCAGCGCAGUACGGGAUAUCGGAGAAUGAGAUCCCGGUCGGUGCUAGAAUUUGCAACAGCUGUCAAUGCAAAUCGGUUAAAUCUCGCUACACCCACUGCCCUCUACCAACUUGUCCGAAUCCGAAGGAUCGCGUUAAGCGUUUCCGUAACCUUCCGCCACGCCUGUUUGAGCUGGUCCCCGAGGUACGAGAUCCGAUCGUCCAAGAGUUGCAGAUACCACCGAAUGUUAGCAAGUGCUGUUCAGCUUGUCUAACGCGUAUACGACGUAAGAUGGGUCCGCAUCUACUCGGUAGCACCAGUUUAACGGAUGACGAGGUCGGUCGAUUGAAAAAAAUGCUACAAGAGCACGGUCCCAAAUGGAACCAGUUCGCCGAAACGCUAUCAAAGCCCGCUCUUGCGCUCAAAAGUUGCUACAUUCAAUACAAGAAAAAGUAUGGAUUGGACAUGGCCCUCAACGAAUAUUACAAGCAACACCCUAGCGAGGACCGUCGCUCGGCUACAACGGACGGGGACGAAUCAGACCUUAGUGCUGGUUCGUCGUCAUCGGAUGAGCGGGAUGGUAGCAGCGAUACCACUGCAUCUGCCGAAAGUCCAACGAGUGGCAAUGUAGGAGGCAGCAUUGUCACUAUGGGAAAUGUUGCGGUUGCUAAAACAAGCGGCAAUAGCAACACUAACGAUGCAAGCUCAAUUUCGGAAAGCAUCAGCGCGGGAAAGAUAGAAGAAUGUGGCCGAAUUGUGUUAAGUGGGAAUGUACAAACGAGCACCGUCGGCAAUAGUAGCAAUACUGGUGGAAGUGGUAGCGAGGCUGCUAUUUCUCUGGCACCGCCACCGAAAGCAUCUUCAACGGUUACUGGUUCGUCGUCGUCUACCUCCUCCGGCGGCAGCGGUGUUGCAUUUGAGGAUGAUCGUUUGCUUCCUCCCGGCCAGCCCCAACCAAGGAAACCAUUACGGCACACUGAGGAAUAUGACAGCUCGGCAACGGAGACGGCGGAUGAGGAAAAUGAAUCGUCACCUGCCAAUAGGCAAAGCCCGAAAGUUUCUUUGCACCAUCCACCUAUACCGCAUUCGCAUUACCCGCCACCACUGCAUCACGGCUCUGGACAUGCGAUGCUGCAUAAUUCGGCCCCCGCCAACACACAGCAAUCGAAUGGCUCACGAUCUAACGCAAUCGGAGGCGGCGGGGGUGACCUAAGUUCUCCGCAAAACGUGCGAGAUGUGAUGUUGAAUGUAAUUGAACGUUCCUUGAAAAGUAAUUCUCUUGGGACAUCCAGCAAACCUCCACCGCCAGGGUUGCGUGAUCUACAAUUUGGAACUAGCGCCACUCCUCCGGUGUCUAGUGGUCAACAGCAGCAGCAGCAGCAGCAGCAUGUAGUAGGGUCUGGACCGUCAGUGUCCGUGUCGGGAAAUAUCACCUCUUCCUCAACUCCGACAGUGGUGAGGGAUUACCGCGAUGGAUCAAAAGUGGUACUCACGUCGACAGGAUCGCAAGGGGGGUCACAAGUGAUCACAGGAGUAGGUUCUGCCGGACCUUCGACGCCGUCCCAACAAUCGGCUCAACUGUCAAUGCCAGCAUCUUCGUUAGGCAUAACAGUGGUUAAUUCGCACGGGCAAAUAAUAGCUUCGCCGGCGCAACAAUCUCAUUCUUCAUCAGUACCGCCACCGCUUGUUGGAGGACAUGUGCAAUUGAAUCAGCAUCAUGCGCUUGGCGGCCAAAUUCCCGCCACGAUUACACCGAUCCCGCAUCCUAUACACAUCGGAUCGUCCCCUAUUAUGAACUCGUCCGUUGUACGCUCUUCUAAUGAUGAACCACAAACAUUAGAUCUAAGUAUUAAGAAAACGCCCCGCUCCGAUUCGGUAACGGUCGUUUCGACAACACCGACGAAAAACCUAGAAGCUAGUGGGAACAAUAGUGUUGGUGCCGCGUGUAAUUUUCCCCCACCUCCAGCACACAGUCAUGGAAGUAGUAGCAACCAUCAUAGCGGUUCAUCUGGUGGGAGUAAUGGAGCAGGAGGAUCUAACAGCAACAACAUCAGCAACAAGUUCCAUCUUGGUCUUCCAGGACCACCUAAUUCGCUGGGAACGUCUGUUACCGUGUACCGGACAGACAAUGCAUUUCCAGGGCCAAACAUUCCAUCUUCUUCUGCUACAUACGUUAGUUAUCACUCUGCAGUGGCGGCUUCUGCUGAUGCGAUGGGACGUCCUUUAACAAAAUCACCUAGUAGUGGUGGUGCUGGUACUACGACAUACCUUACUUUACCAUUGGGAGCUGGCCCUGCUCAAGGAAGUGGUUUGCCAAUGCAACUUUCAACUAGCGGUUCGGCUAGACAGUCAACGAUGUUGUCCCUCACACCUCCUCCUCCUCUAACCGGAAGUGGCAGUCUGAAAGGAAAAAGUACUCCCAAGCUGAGCCCAAAAAUGUCAAGCAGCGGUCCAACGGGUAGUGGUCCCAAAGGGGGCUCUAUAACACAUGGUACCCCGGUCAAUGUGAAUCAACAGCAGCAGCAGCAACAGCAACAACAAUGUCAAACCCAGCUGAUAAUCCAGGGUCAAUCGUCGUCUGCGUCAACAUUGAGUCCACGAUAUGAGAAUCAUUUGCUCUGCCAAACUCCCCCAUCAUCCGCGUCAUCUGGGGGUCGUCCCGUCGCUUCCUCGUCUCCUGUUAUAAUGAGUGACAAAUUUGUCGGUUCCAUAACACAAGGAACGCCUGUGCAUGGCGGCAGUGGCGUGCUGUUACCUGAUAAACGCAACAACUCUUCGGCAUAUGAUUACAAGCGACAGAGUCCUGCGCAAACUAUAGUUGUGCCUGGUAGCGGUCACGGGUUACCAGUUCAAUUUAAUCCAUAUGGUGGUAGUGUACGUGGCGUCAGCGGAAGCACUGGUAAUGGAGCGGCAGCCUACUCGUCAUUAGAACCGACUUCACAGCAGCUGAGUUCACAGCAAAUCAUUAUGAACGAUUACAUUACGUCACAACAAAUGCAAAGUAGAACGGUCGGUGGUGGUGGAAGUGGCGCUGUUGUUUCUCCCGGUAUCGUUCCACUGGUUGUAACGGCAACGUCUGGGACUGGUCGUUCAGGAAAAGAAUCUCCAUCGCCUCGGAAUGGGGGUGGUGUAGCAGGAGGAACUAUGCCACUGCCACUGCCACCUGGUUCCAUUUAUGGACUUGUAGGCAGUAAUGCGGUUGGUGGCUCUUCAAUCGGGAUGGUAAACAGUAGACAGGCGCAAAAUGAUUACUUAAGUCGAACCUCACCAGCCGCCGAUCAUGUAAAUAGAAUCUCCCCUGUCUACAACAAUACAUCUAGUCCGCAUUGCACUCCUCCACCACCACAGCGACAAGGUGUUAUUCAACGUCACAACACUUGCGUCAAUAGCGCUAGUACUAGUUCCUCUGGAAAUGCAGGCAGCAGCAGUGGCAAUAUCGGAAAUAUGAGUGGUGGAGCAGCAGCAGGAGGAGGUAAUGGUGGAUCUUCUAAACCACCAAGUCCUGCUCCGGCGAGAUAUCACCUGCAGCCUCCACCACCUCCUCAUCAUUAUCUUCAGGAUGCGUUCACUUCAUUUGUUGAUUUGGCAGUGCAACAACAACCGAUGACUGUUCCGCAUAAAGACGAUGCGAAGCGUACGAUAAUUGAUCAGCAACAUCAGCAGCAACCGUCAACAAUAAAUGCUGGGUUAUCUAUUCAUCAUCAUGAUAUGCGAUAUCAGCAUCCUAGCAUGAUUCAAUUUCAUCAUCACCAGCACCAAUCACAAUCGCCACACCAACAAUAUCAACAACAAUCGAAGCAGCAACCACAACAGCAAGCGCAACCGCAACAACAAACGCAGCAGCAGCAGUCGCAAACGCAAUCCCCACAACAAACGCAGCAUCACCAGCAGCAAACGCAACAAUCGCAUCUACUGGCUCAAUCGCAACAGCAGUUACAGUUGCAAACGCAGCAACAACAACCUCAGCAUCCAUCGCAAUCACAGUCACAAUCGCAUCCGCCGCAGUCACAGUCGCAAUCGAAUCCAUCGAAAUUACAAUCAUUGCAACCACCACCACAGCAACAGCCACUGUUGCAACAAUCACAUCAGACACAAUCGCAACAGCAACAGUUGCAGCAUCAACCCCAAACGCAUCAACACCUGCAAGAACAGAAAGGACAGGAACAAAAACAUGGGCAACAGCAAGGACAGAUGGUACAAGGACAACAACAAAGCCAACAACAACAAGCACAAACGACGCAACAAGAACAGCAAAAGCAACUUCAAAAGCAGCAGCAAUCUCAACAGCAGCAGUUACAAAAAAAUUCAGCUACAAGUGUUGGUCAGCACCAUCAACAAUUGAGACAUCAACAACAGUUGCAGCGCCGUCAUCAACAAUCUCCGUUACAUCCCUCGCUACAGCAACUCGGCCCAAUAGUGUAUCAACGCGAGCUUGUUGAGAUGGAACGUGCAAUCAUUGCUGGGCGCGUUGAGCGAGAGCGUGAGCGUGAUCAUCGUGAUCGUGAACACGAAAGGGAACGUGAUCGAGAGCGUGAGCGAGAUCGGGAACGAGAACGUGAACGUGAACGUGAGCGAGAACGUGAACGUGAGCGAGAACGUGAACGCGAGCGUGAGCGUGAACGCGAUCAUCGUGAGCGACGUGAAAUUGAGCGCGAACAACAACAACAACGCGAUCAUCAUCAUCGCGAUCGGGAACGUGAGCGGAUCGAACGGCAUCAAGAGGCGGAGGAACGUCGUCGAAAACAGCAUUAUGAUGGAUUUGCACCGGAUCGACGAGAUAGGGCAAUCGAAUUAGUGAGCGGCCGUAGCACCUCAGAUGGGUCACUAACAGCAGCAAAUUUGAUUGAUGCAAUCAUAACUCACCAAAUUAGUCAAACUGCUGUUGAACCACCACCGUUACCGUCGAUUAGGGAUGUCCAUCGCUCACCAUACUAUGCACCACGUGAUCAGCGCUCAAUGGCUAUGCAGCAAGUGAUUAGUGAAAAUAAUGGCAGUAAAUCACAAUCACCCAAUGUAAUCAAUAUCGAUCUGGAUUCGGAUUCCGUGCAUCAUCAUCAUAGACGCGACGGCGGUAGUAUUGGCGGGAAUAAUCCUAGUGGGAUGAAAAAUAUUACCCUUGGCGAGCUGACUGAAUCCAUCAUAGCGAAGGAUUAUUCACCCAACCCGAAUCCUUUUCUAUCCUUGCGACCCCCGAUGAUUCCGUAUGGCGCGACAACGACUGGUACCUCUGGAGUGGAAGCAAUUCUAGUAGCAGAUCAGUGGAAACAUCGGCGCCCAUCCCCAUCGGUAACGGCGCAAGGCAAAGAUGAGCAAAUCCAGCGUGGCCAUGAUGCUCAGAAAGGGCCCGGUCGCUUAACACCGGAAGAUCGACACAUAAUUCGAUUGGCGCAAUCCCCCGGUCCGAGAAAUAAAUUUCACGAGUCCGUCUCACCCGAUACUCCGCCGUUCUUUCACUCGGGAGCUCAUAUGGGCCGUGUCGGUGGUGUAACCAGCGGUGGUGCUGGAGGAACGCACGCAGGAGGGGGAGGAGGAGGACGUGAUAAUUUUGUGCUGGAUUUCUACGUAAAAAAUCGAAUCGUAGAGGCGAUGCGUACUGAGGAUGAAAAACGUGGUUCCACCGAUCCAUCGGUUUUGGUGGUUGUAGAUGGUAGCGCUGGAAGUGGAAAUCGAAGCGUCGAUCGCCAGCAGCCGUCAUCACCUCGUAGCUUCCAAAAUAUUUCCCCUCAUCACGCUCAUCAUUCCGUGAAGGAGAUGAGUGUAGUAGAUCGCGGCGGUACACCGGCUUCUGGAAUUAGUGACGGACAGAAGCAGCCGCAUCGAUCAUCUGUGGAAGAGAUGCAAUCCAAUCAGCACCAUCAGCAUUCGGCAGCAUCUUCGUUGUUGGUAACAUCCGCAUCUACCGCAUCAAGUUCAGCUGUGGUACAUAACACGUACCUUCAGCAACCGAUAACGACGUUUACCACGCCACCAACCUACGCGUACCCGUUCAGUGCCCUUACGGUAGCCAGUGGCGCACCGCCAACAUCUUCAUCGUCUUCAGGACAUUUGUCGUCAUCGACACCGUCUUCGACAGCUUGUGCAAUGGCGGCUAGUAUAGGUGCGAGUGGAAGUGCGAAUAGCGGAAUCAAAUCUGUUAACACAGGUAUGAUUCUGACCGGUAGUGGAGUUGGUAUAGGCGCAAGCCUAGGAGGAAACAAUUCCGUGGGGGUAAAUAUAUCUGGCAGUGGUGGUGGUAAUGGUACUGGUGGUGGUGUGAUACUACCGGACGAUCGUCAUAUAUCGUCCGCUCCAGAACCGAAACCUCUUUUGUCUGCUCAGUAUGAGGCCCUUAGCGAUGAAGAUUAA